AGUCAAAGACGACGACCACGAUACUCUACUCCCGGCGCACGCUAGAUCUGAGCAGACUCCUGUUAUCGGAACUUCGAAUAUCGAAACAGCUGACAGUCGCAUACAACGCUCCGUAUCGGUAGUACAGUUCCGUGCCGGAUCUCUACCUCUUUUAAUAAUGACAAUACUAACACCGAAUUUAGCAAUAACGUUAACGUUUAGUUCGUAAGACAGACUAUUUUCGAUUUUCGAGUGGACUUUUAGUCAUAAAAACGCGAUACAAUGGGCGAGAGGGAGAGGAUAGCCAAGAAUCCUAUCAGGGUUGGUUUCUACGAUAUUGAAAGGACGAUUGGAAAGGGUAAUUUCGCUGUCGUUAAACUCGCCAAGCAUAGGAUAACUAAAACUGAGGUUGCAAUUAAGAUAAUUGAUAAAAGCCAAUUGGAUGCCAGCAAUCUUCAGAAAGUAUAUAGGGAAGUUGAUAUAAUGAAGAGAUUAGAUCAUCCUCAUAUAAUCAAGCUGUACCAGGUAAUGGAAACAAAAAACAUGAUCUACCUGGUUUCGGAAUAUGCCAGUCAAGGAGAAAUUUUUGAUUACAUCGCUAGGUAUGGUCGGAUGACUGAGGACCAUUCAAGGAAUAAAUUUUGGCAAAUUUUGUCAGCUGUAGAAUACUGCCACAACCGUAAUAUAGUUCAUAGAGAUUUAAAGGCUGAAAAUCUUCUUUUAGAUUCAAAUAAUAAUAUAAAAAUAGCCGAUUUCGGAUUUUCCAAUUAUUAUACCGUCGGUGGUCAAUUAUCAACGUGGUGUGGAUCGCCCCCUUAUGCCGCACCUGAGGUUUUCGAAGGAAAAAAAUACGUCGGUCCGGAAAUUGAUAUAUGGAGCUUGGGUGUAGUUCUAUACGUUUUAGUAUGUGGAGCUCUACCAUUUGAUGGCUGUUCAUUACAAGCUCUUCGAGAUAGAGUUCUAUCCGGUAGAUUUAGAAUCCCUUAUUUUAUGAGUUCAGAUUGCGAGUCUCUUAUAAGGAAAAUGUUAGUAUUAGAACCGAAUAAGAGAUAUAGCAUUCAACAAAUUAAAAAACAUCGUUGGAUGCAAAUGGGCGUACUUCCCAUACUACCUCAUACAAUUAAAACUUCGAACGCUCAACCCAAUGAACAAAUUUUGAGGCUCAUGCAGAGUUUGGGCAUUGACAGCACAAAAACAAGAGAGUCAUUACGCCUAGCUAGCUACGACCACCAUGCUGCCAUCUAUUAUCUCCUCCUAGACAAACUGAGAAGUCAGUUAGUAGGUGGUGAUAACCAAACAGGAGUUCGUGAAGCUCAAAGACGAAGACCGUCGAAUGUAGCCGAACAAGCGAUGAGGAAGAUCUGCCGAGCAAGUACCACAGAAGACUGUCGUAGAUUACUUCACAACACUUCUGCUGCUGCGCCCACUGCAAGCAACAGCAGAAUAUGCACUAAAGGAUCAAGAACCUGCGAUUCGCCUCCCUCGCACGGAAUAGACGCUGCUAAGUUAUUAGCAGCGACGAAUAGUGAGGACGCUUUGAAGAUUUUGAAUCAAGCUAGUACUAAAACUGUGUUUAGUAUGUGUAGCGAGGCAACUAAAUUAAUGUCUACUUUGCAGAUGUCUGCUAUACCGUCACCUUCUGUUGAUAAUACAGGUUUUAAAGAGUAUAACCAUCAAGGCCAUGGGAUACCAUAUUUAAAUGCUGGGAGUUGUCUACCAUCACUCGACAUUCUUGAAUCCAAAGGUUCCAUCGGGAGGUUUUCAACAAAUUACAAAAGUGCAGAAAUUCAAACCCAAUACUCCAGUUCGACGGACGAAGGCGUUGAAACUGAUCUCGAAGAUCAUCCACCUCGGUUAAGCUACACUUCAUCGAAUUCAUCAAGCGGCGUUAUGACCAAUUUCAAUACAUCGAAAAGUCUCAGUCAAAAUUUAAGCUGUGAUAGUAAUUUUGAAAGUUUGGAGUAUCCAUUAUCCGAAUCCAGCGAAUUAGCUAGUAGCUUACCUAGCUGCACCUCAACAGAAAAAAAACCCGAACCCGUGCUAACAUCAGCCAAUGCUCUGUCCACACACUAUUCGUUAACAACGAAACCGAUUUUUCAUAAGCAUAAUCCGCUAUCGCACAUAUCCAGCUUCAAAACGACUAGAGGAAUUACUAGAUCUCCUGUCGACUUCAGAGAGGGUAGAAGAGCUAGUGACGGACUAGUUGCUCAACAAGCAGCAGAUACUGGUAAAGUGGUGGCGUUCAAUUCACAAAAGUUUACUGAGAAACGUAAAGCCAAAGGAGUAUUGGAUAUGCACCUAGUUCAACGCGAGAAUCAAAGACUGCAACCGCAAUACCCAGUAACGGUAAGGGAAAUAUCCGAAGAGGUAACACCAAGACAAAAUCAAUACCUGCAACCGAGACCUAACAAACGAAUUAGUUUACCUGAUAACUUUAAUUAUACAAAUCCAGGAGUAGAAACUGUUCAACUGCAAACCGCCAUGCAACAUAGAUUACUACAACAAAAGAGACAAAUCCUACAAAAACAAUGCGCUCUAUCACACCAAACAACACCAGUGCCUACUUUAGACACAACUCAUUCGUUGUCAAGGCGACAAAUGUUGAGACAAGCAAGUUACAAAAUAGCUCAACAGCAACCCGUCUUACCGCCUUUACCUUUGUCGGAAAGCGAGAGCAAGGAUCUGAUGGCCUUUCAAGCUUUAGUGGAAGGUUCAGGAGAAACAUGGAGCGUUACUAAUAAUUGUCCAUUGUCCGAACCAGUAUCACUGCCAACGCCAUCUUGGCAAACUACGAGUGCUACUUGGAAUCAGGUACCCCAGCGUUUGUAGUGAGCAGUGUUCAGUUUUUAAACAUUAGAUUAGAAGAUAGAGAUACUAGUUUUCUACAAACAUCAACAGUUCAUCAGAAUUAAAUUUUAUUAAUUAAUUGUUUAAUAAGACUAUAGGUACAUUUCUAUCUUCUAACAAAGUGAAUUUAGUGCUUAGUUCUAUAGGCAUUACGAAAGCUUUUUAAUUAGAAUAUCACAAAUACUUUGUUUUUUAAUUUCGUGUUUAUACUUUUGUUUUUGGUUGUAGUAGAUUUUUUUUAAAGAGAAAAAUAAACUGGAAGAUUGGAAAGUUAAAAAUAAUGUUCGAACAAUAAUUUGUAAAGUGAAAACUCUCAGAUCAACUGCUACAACGGUUUGUAAAGUUUUUGUAACUCGAAUUGAUUAUGUAAUACGAAUAGAUUAUUCAGUAUUUAUUUUGGAAGAAAUAAUGUGCAGCAAAAUGAUGUAUUGAACAAUAUAGAAUAAUAAAGAUUGAAGGCGGUUAUUCACUAGGUGGUACCUGCUUGACCCUAGUUUAAGUACUGGUACUAGUAGUCAAUUUGUAAAAUUUUGGGAUGAGUAGAUAUCAUUGUUAGUUCGUCGUGAAUGCAUGUCAUAUUGGUGGAAUAAUAUUCGUUGAGUCAGAAAUAAUGAUAUUAUUAAGGCUGCGGUUAGAUCAGUUACAGCUUAUUCAAUUGAACUCCAUAGAGUAUUGUAGUUAUGCAAAAACUUGCCAUUUGUGUAUAUGCAAACCAAUUGUGUUUGCGUACAUUGACAUUUCUUUUACUUUGGGUGAAGUUUCAAAAUGUUGCGAUUUUAUUUCUUUAAGUUCGUUGUAGAAAUGCCUUUAAAAAACUCUGAUGGGAUACGUUUCCAGGCAUCAUGGACCUUAUUUUUAUUUUUGCACUAAUAUGAGUUGUUUCAAUGCAAUUCUGAAUUUAAUGUGAAUAGUAUAUAGUAAAAUCGUAGGACUAAUAAACUAAAAUUGCGAAUAUUUGAAAAAGAAUUAUAAUUUACAGAAAGUAUAAAAGUAACUUGUGUAAGUGUAAAUUAUUAUACAGAGUGUAUCACUUAAGAACUGAUACAGAGCAGAGGUGUAUAAAAGAGACCAAAACAAUGACGAUAGGGGACCAUUUUCCUCUAUACCAAGUUGCAUUACUAACGAGCUAUAGGACCUCAAAGUGGGGUCCAAAAUUUCGAAAAAUUUAAUUUUUUCGCAACACUUUACUCUAUAAUACCAAACUGGUACUGAUACUCUUUAUGAAACUGUUAAUGGCAUUAAUUAAUGGUGAGUAAAAAGCAAUCGAACCAUUCUGGGGGUUAAUUAGAGGUGACCUAAAUUUGAAAUUUUUAUAUAUCAAUAGGUUUAAAAAAUUCUAUUUUCAUGCUAUGGAUAAUUUAUUUCUACGACUUUUUUUAUUCCUGUAAUUUUUCAUAAAACUUUGUCAUUUUCAAGUUAAAGACGAAAAAUCAAA